ACACAGAACGCAAAACCAAACAGUUGAAUCAGAAGCUGCAUUUUCCUCUAAAUUUGUUGAAAUUUCAAGUUUAAAUUAAUCAUAAAGCACUAAAUCACCAUCAAAACUAGUGACCACUUUACUUACGCACCACCGUUUCGCAAAAGUUCCUUAUAUUUAAGCCAAAAGUUUCACCCAAAGUUCUACACCACAGUCAAGACGUGAUUCUAACCUCAACUUUCAAACAACAACAAAGAGUUUCUGAGCAGAGCAGAGUGAUGGCCGCAGUAAUCCGGCUCAAACGGCGCGUGGACGAAGAUCCGCUGAACGCCUUCGUGCUCAACUGCAAACGCCAGCGGACGGAUCAGGCGGAGCCUGAUGCUGCUACUGCCAAUGGAGUUGCCACCACCCCCGCGGAGACCUCGACGGUGCUGAAGUUUGCCGGAACGUUUACAAAGGCCGACAACAUUCCAGCACACCUGCAGAGCCGUCUCUCGAAGGAGGAAGCCAAGGAAGCGAUAUCGCGCGUGCAUCGUCCCACGAUCGCGUCCCGGAACCGGUUGGCAUCGCGUCAGACGACGCAAAACAGUCGCUUCCGCAUCGUCAAUUGCACCCGCUCGCUGAGUCAGGUCGAGGGUGAGGAAGUGGGUGGUGGAACGACCAUUGUAGACGUUGAGCGGGAUCAGGUCGCUGGAGCGCCGGCCCAGGAACAGGAGCCUGGCUUCGUGUACGAUUUGUACGUGGUUGACGAGAGUCAGCAGCAGAGCCAGCAUGUCCCCUACAUUCCGGAGAAUCUGGACGAUAUCAGCAUUGCCAUCUACGACGACCCGCUGUACUCUAGUCACCGCGGGUUGGGCGACCGGUCCGACAGUGACGGAGGCGAGUCGGAGGAUUCGAACGACGAAAACAACUGGCGAAACGACUACCCGGACGAAGACGAGGACGUGUUCGGGGAGGCGGCCAGCGUGGACGAGGACGACAUCCGGCGCGCCGUCGAAGAGUUUGAUUUGGAUGGAGAUCGCGAACUGUCGUCGGACGAGGAUUAUUACGAGGCGGAAAACAGUGGGUUUGCCUACCCGGCGGAUGACGACGGGGAGUGCGAUGGGGAGGAGGGGCCCGGACGUCUCAACAAACAAGACGUGGAGCUGUACGGAACGGCUUAUGCUCGCUACAAGGCACGCAUUCUGAAAGAUAUGAAAGCAAAAGAGUCGAACGGUGAUCGUGACUCGGAUGAAUACGAUUCGGAGAUUGAGUGUGAUGACGAUAGUAAAUCAUCCGGCACCAGUGACAGUGACAACGAGAAUUUUGAUUUGUACGAUUAAAUUUGUUAAUUUCCUAGCUGUAAGAUUGAAUCUAGAAUAAAGUAUGCUUAUGAAGCGAUUUCAA